CUUCCAAUACGGCGAAGACCAUGACCAUAAAACGACGUGCAAAAGUUCCCUACUCUCUUCUCUUUCUUUACCUUUCCUUUGGGCAGAGCAGACCUUUACCUCUGUCUGUCUCUGUCUUCCCUCUCCCUCCUUCCUUCCCUCUUAAAACCAAAGCUACCCCCCAUUAAACCUUUCAUAAACCGCACUCAUCCUUUCUCUCGCUCCUCAACCCGCCAUGGAAGCUCUCAGUUCCCAAAGGCUGCGGCGACCCAUCACCUCCUUCUCAAGCGAAAGCCCCCGUGAUACCAGGAGAAAAGAGCCAGAGGAAGAUGAGGAAGGAGAAGAAGACUCAUUCUUCGAGUUGGAGCUCACUGUUCCUGAUUUUGACCCCAAAAUCUACAGUCCCCCCACCCCCAAUGAUAAAAGAAACACAACCCAGUCCAAUGACAAGCCCAAAGGUCCCGCAUUUGCGAGCUCCGGCGCCCUCCAAGGAAAACAGAGCAUCGAGAAGACACAGGUUGACCCCAAGUUCAACUUUUCACAGUCCAAGAGGAAGAUCCUCCCGAUCGAAUCCUCCUUUCCCAGGCCCCAGUCCCCGGCUUCCCUGUUGAAAUCCGCUCCGAAAUUUCGGGUCUUCAUGUUCAGGAAGUCGAAGUCAGUGUCGGCCCACAGCGCAGAGAAAACAGAGGGGACAGAGCUGAGACACAGAGGGAGGAAUUUCUUCACCCUGAGGUUCAAGCUGAAGGAGAUCGAGCCGGCCUUCUCGAGGGAUUCCAGUCUGAGGAGGAACCGGCCUGCUUCUUGCUCCGACAGUCCCUUGCUGGGCGAGUCGAACUCGAAGCGGUUCUCGAGGGAGGUGAUUCAUAAGUACUUGAGGCUCGUCAAGCCUCUGUACGUCAAGGUCUCGAGGAGGCAAACCAGCGGAGCGGGAGAGCUCUCGCCGGCGGGCACGGAGAACCGGGAGCUGCAUGGGAAGGCGCCAGCGGGGUUCCGGGUGGUGGCAUGCAGGCACCUGGGGAAGAGCAAGUCGGCUUCGGCAUCGGCGACGGGUAUCAUGUCGCCGGCGAGGAGGGACGAUUCCCUGUUGCAGCAGCACGAUGGGAUCGAGAGCGCCAUUUUGCAUUGCAAGAGAUCUUUCAGUUCUUCCAGAGAGCUUUCUCCUCUGUCGCGAUCUUCAAGCGCCCAUGAGAAAUCACAGCCACUUGAUUCAGCAAGAAGUUCAAGCGACCGGACAUCUAUCUCCUGAGUUUUUCAUGGAAUUCUAAAAGGAAAAAAAAAAACACACAAAACCAUGUCCACUGAACCCAAAAAAAAAAAAAAGAAAGAAUGAAAGACAGAACAAAAGGGAUUUGUUUGUUGUUUGUUUGAUGUAGAGAAAAGUAGAGAGUAGAGCUGAUGUGAUUGGGUAUUUUCUUUGCUUUUUUUUUUUUUUGGAGGUUUUUCUCCCAACCUUUCUAUUUAAAUUUAGCUGUGAUGAUGAUGACCGACGAGGACGACGACCGGUAGAAGAAUGGAUUAGGGUCGAGGUUUGUUUCUCUGUAAAGCGAUGAAAUGAUGAUUACUGUGAGAAAAUUGAAAGCGCCAUUGAUAUGCCUGUCA